UCAUCCCUUUUACCCGUCCUCCCUUACUUGAACCGAGCGACUUUAAAUCCUCUGACUUGGACCUACGUACGACGACUGACUGCCUGGAUCAAAAUGGCUUCACUAAAUAUCCCUGAGGAAAUGCUCGCGGCGCAAGUCGUCGAGUUCAACAAACCCUACAAAGUUCACUCCAUCCCCGUCCCCCACGAGCUCGCCCCCAACGACCUGCUCAUAAAAGUCGCCGUUGCCUCCCUGUGCCACACUGACUUCAUGGUACAAUCCGGCGUCUUUGGCGACAUCCCGCGCACCGGUAGCCACGAAGGCUCUGGCACUGUCGUCGCAGUCGGGUCCUCCAUCUCUCCAUCCCAAUUCCAGCCUGGCGACCGCGUCAUGGCGGGCAUAAUUUACCACGCGUGCGGCGCGUGUGGCGACUGUCUCGGCCCGGACGAUUAUACCCAGUAUUGCAGGAACAGCGGCGGGUACUGUGGGGUGUUUGGCGCGGACGGUUUCUUUGCAGAGUAUGCGCGGAUCGAUGCGAAGUGGGCAGUCAAGAUGCCGGAUCGGGUCAGCUUUGAGACGGCGGCGCCGUUGGCGUGUGCCGGAUGCACAGUGUAUCGAGGCGUUAUACUCGCCGGGCUGAAGAAGGGCGAAUGGCUUGGUAUUGUGGGCAGUGGGGGCGGACUAGGCCAUCUCGGCGUGCAAUUUGCCAAAGCGCUGGGUCUCAACGUCGUCGGCAUCGACGCGCGAGACGAAGGGCUGGAGCUCACACGAAAAGGCGGCGCAGACGUCGUCAUCGACGCGCGAAUCGGCCACGACAAAGUCGUCGACGAAGUCAAGAAAGUCACAAACAACGAAGGCGUAGCUGCAACCAUCAACGUCAGCGACGCCGAAAAAGCAAUGGCGACAAGCUGCGCUGUCACUCGCAUGCACGGCACGGUCUUUCAAAUCGCACAGCCGCCAACAGUCUCCAUUCCCUUCCAGGAGCUCAUCUUCCGCGAUAUCCGCGUGCGAGGCUCCUUGAUCUGCUCCGCACAGGAGGCUGCAGACAUGCUUGCACUUGUUGCUGAGCAUGGCAUUUCCGUGAACACGAAUGCUUUCAAGGGACUCGGCGAGAUAGAAGAGUUGAUUGAGUUGGCGGAGAGCGGGAAGAUGAAGGGCAAGGGCGUUGUUGUCAUGGAUGAGGAGCAGGUGAAAAGGGAGAAGGAGAAGGUAGGGGGUGCGAAGUUGGCGUGAGUGUAAGGAAGCCAGAUUGAGGGCCAGGCGAAAGGAGUCAGUUGUUGGAGGGUGAUGAGAUUUGUGGUAGUGAUGGCUCGAGGGGCAGUACAGGAAGCCGAAGGAGCUUGUUGUACUGUACGCAUCGUGGAUGGAGUGAAAAGAAAGGACCAUGAAGUUCAAAUGUUAAUCGCUACGUGAAACUAAGUCUACUCCGGUAUAAUGCAUACGUUAAUCGAUACCAAAU